UAUAACUCCCAUCCCUCCUCCCCCAAACUCUCUCUCCUCUGUCUCCCUGCGUCUCUCUCUCUCUCUCUCUCUCUCUCUCUAAACGGCACUGACAUUGGGCUCUCGCCAUGGGCGGAAGAAAGAGGAAGCUGAAAUCGUUAGCUGAAACAAUCACAAACAGUAACAGAAAAGUAAGCAAGAAAAAGGAGAAAUUGAAGCUGCAAACUUGGUCUGACCUUCCUGCUGAACUUUUGGAACUCAUUGUGUCUCGUUUAACGCUGCGGGAUAAUAUUCGUGUGUCUGUUGUGUGCAAGAGAUGGCACUCAGCUGCCAUUUCUGUGCGGGUGAUCAACCAAUCACCAUUGCUUAUGUACUUUCCCAGAUUUGGUGAUCUAUAUGAAUUCUAUGAUCCAUCGCGGCGCAAAAUCUACUCCUUGGAGUUACCUGAGCUGACUGGGUCUAGGAUUUGCUACACUAAAGACGGUUGGCUACUGUUAUACAGACCCAGAUCUCACCGUGUGUUCUUCUUUAAUCCCUUCACUCGCAAGAUAAUAAAGGUACCAAGAUUCGAGUUGACUUAUCAGAUAGUUGCAUUCUCCUGUGCCCCAACUUCUCCCAGCUGCAUACUGUUUACGUUGAAACACAUCAGCCCCACGGUUGUUGCUAUUAGCACUUGUCGUCCUGGGGAAAGAGAGUGGACUACUGUUAAUCUCCAAAACCGCUUGCCCUUUGUGAGUAGCAUCUGGAACAAGCUUGUUUUCUGCAACGGAGUCUUUUAUUGUCUGAGCCUCACCGGUUGGUUAGGGGUGUUCAACCCCGAAGAACGCAGUUGGAGUGUUCUUGCUGUUCCUCCACCCAAGUGCCCAGAGAACUUUUUUGCCAAAAAUUGGUGGAAAGGUAAGUUUAUGACAGAGCAUGAGGGAAACAUAUUAGUUAUAUAUACUUGUUCAAGUGAAAACCCAAUUAUAUUUAAGCUGGAUCAGACAAACAUGGUUUGGGAAGAAAUGACGACCCUCGAUGGUGUGACACUCUUUGCGAGUUUCUUGUCGUCUCAUGCAAGAACUGACCUCCCUGGAAUAAUGAGAAACAGUGUCUACUUCUCGAAAGUCCGUUUCUACGGAAGGUGUUGCAUAUCCUACUCUCUCGACUCUUGUAGAUACCACCCUCGCAAGGAUUGCCAUGACUGGGGAGAGCAAGAUCCUUUUAAGAAGAUUUGGAUUGAAGCACCUCAAGACUUCUCAACCUUAAAUUGGUGAAAGUUGUAGUGAAUAACUCGCGACAGCGCGAUCAAUUGGAUGUUGUGCAAUAGUAUAGAUGGGUUAUGUGUAACAAGUUGCUUAUUGGGGUCAAUCAUACUCCUUAAGAAACUCAUUCAAAUCUGAACUUCUUUCUUAAUGUGCACGUUAUCCUCGAGUUAUGUAAACAUUUUCAGACAUGAUGUACAAAUGCUUCAUUUUCUAAGUUCGUAAACUUUAGCUUC